CGACGGGGCAACCUGUAAACAUGAUACUUCACUAGUGUAAUUUCUUAUUAAUGUGAUACUACAGGCUGUAUGCAUUCAGAAAAAGAAGCAAGAAAAAUUGUAACAUACUAAUGCAGACAUACUUGUUGGGAUGUAAUAAUGCUGCUCUUAAGGUGGGGAUGGGUCUAUCCAUUGUUAUCAAUCCGUUGCAAGACUUACUAAGUUAUAUGGUGAUGAUUCAAAUUGAGAGAAAGGACUAGGUGUCCCACCUUUCCAUAAGGCUAGAACAAGUGUUUUGUCACUUUCUGUGAGUGUAGGAUUGGUCUGAGUAUAAGCACCACCAAGGGUUUCAGUGUGGGAGAUGAGAACCAUCCAUGCCAUUCAUAUACACCUUUCUUAAAAGGAAAAUUUCAAAGUAACAUGAAUAGACUGAUUAAUCCAACCCAACUUUUGGUAAGCAGUACCCAAUUCAUGUGGGGUAUAUUUCAUUAGCUUCUGUUCAAUGGGUAAAUAUUCACCCUCAGAGUCGAAUAUUGGUUUGGAAAAAUAGUCUACUUUUGCUGAGCUCUCCCAACAGAGCUAUCAACAAUUGGGAAUUAGGAUGGGCUUUUGGGGCAUACCUUAUCUGUAAGUCAUAUUUAUCCCAAUAAUUUUCCCUAGCUUGUUUUCCUUUUAAUGUCUUGGAUGCCAUAGCUAUCUGCAUAAAUCUUAAAAAUUUCCUACGUUUUACAUACGGGACUAUAGAACAAACUUUUGAUGGGACUGUUGGAGACUGAGCAGAAGCAGAGCAAGAUGGUGGGUGUUGGCUUGGAGGGCCUCCCAACCACCCUCAUUAACGAAAUAAUAGUGAAGCUGGACACGGAGACACUCUGCUCUGUAGCUUGCGUCUCCCGAGCUCUUCGCUUCGCCGUCUCUGAAGCUCUUCCUCUUUCUUCUUCUCUUGAUCUCUCUGCAUUUUCCCCAGAUGCCCAGACCCUGAAUCACCUUGUUUCCCGGUGCAAAGGCCUCAAGAUUCUCACCCUUGAUUGCCUCCGCUUGGAUGAUUCUUCCAUCACCAUUUUUCUUGGUCCACAUAUCCAGGAAUUGAAUUUGUUGAGAUGUUCCUUGCUGUCAUAUCAACUUCUUCGUUCCAUUGGCGAAAGCUUGCCCAAUUUAAGGUUGCUCACACUAGAACCGUCAUACUGGGACUUGCCUGAAAUGUUCAACAGGAAUCUUGUACAAAUGCUUACAGGUUGCUCUUACUUGGAGUCUCUAUGUCUAAAGAUUCGAGGGGCAGAAUUUGAUGCCACUUUUUUCCGGUCCAUUGAACAUUUCCUGCCCAAAACUGUUAAAAUCUUGAAGUUGCAGCCAGUGCUUGAACAAGAUGUGAUUCGUUUUAUACGUGAGCUCAGUGUUAACCGGAAUAUUUUGGAGACAGCUGAAUUUGGAAUUCCCUCCUCUCCAGCAUCCCCUGGUUUCAAAUUGCAGUCCUUAUCUCUUGUCUUAGAUAUCAUAUCCGAUGAACUUAUUAGUUCCAUCACCAACUCUCUUCCGUUUCUGAUUGAGCUUCAUCUUGAAGAUAGACCAAGCAAAGAACCAUCACCAUUCCAUGAUUUGACUAACAGUGGGCUUCAGUCUUUGAGGUUUUGUCGUCAUUUAACUGACAUCUCUCUUAUACGAAGUAGACACAACCUCCCAGUAUAUUUCAAAAGGAUAAAUGAUAUGGGCAUGCUUCUCCUUUCUGAGGGCUGCAGGCUCCUAGAGUCGGUGAGACUUGGUGGGUUCUGUAGAGUUAGUGAUGCUGGUUUUGCAUCAAUUCUUCACUCUUGUUGGCACCUAAAAAAAUUUGAAGUUCGUAAUGCCUUACUUCUGUCUGAUCUGGCCUUCCAUGAUCUCACUGGAGCCCCCUGUUCCCUGGUUGAGGUGAAAUUGUCAUCCUGUAAUCUUAUAACUAGUGAAACUGUUCAUAAAAUGGCCUCUUCCAGAAGGUUGGAGAUGCUUGACCUCUUUGGCUGCAAGAGCAUAGCUGACUCAUCUCUCAGCUCCAUUACAUGUCUUAAUAAACUAACUACAUUGAAUCUUGGAGGUGCUGAUGUUACGGACAGAGGUUUAUCUGUUCUCAGUCAGGGGUAUUCACCCAUUUCACAUUUGUGCCUUAGAGGCUGUAAGAGGGUAACUGACAAAGGGGUUUCUCUUUUGUUUCAUGGCUGUGGAGUGAUUAGUAAAACAUUGACAGCACUGGAUUUAGGCCACAUGCCAGGGAUAUCAGAUAAAUCCAUUCUCACAAUUGCUGCAGUUGGUACAGGGAUUACUGAAUUGUGCAUUAGGUAUUGUUUCUAUGUGACCGAUUCUUCAGUGGAAGCAUUGGCCACAAAAAGAAGGCUUCAGGAUGGAAGGAAACCACUUCGGAAGCUAGAUCUCUUUCACUGCACUGGGUUGUCUGUUAAAUCAUUAGAGUCAUUGAAGAGGCCUUUCUUUCAAGCUCUAAAGUGGAUUGGUCUUGGGCGCACUUGUUUGAGUGGUAAAGGAAAUGAAAUCUGCAAUGAACGCCCCUGGCUGACUCUCUGUUUGGAUGGCUGUGAAAUGGGAUGUCAUGAUGGAUGGCACUUCCAUAGACCAGAGACCAGAGACCAUUAAAGUUGGAUCUUGAUCAUUUUUAAGUGCUCGCCAGCUUCCUUAACCAGGGUCUAGAUAUUCAUGGGCUGUACUCAUGAACCUUAAACUAGGUUCUCUAUGUGGUCUAAGACUACCUUAGAGGAGGCAAUCGAGAUUGAAAAUGACAGUACUUCUGCUAGUACUCUUCAGAAAGUUCCUUGUCAUCUAAGCUUCCCCUAUGGGAAGGCAAUUAAGAUGGAGACAAACUGAACAAAUUCUACUUCUGCCAGUGUUCCCAAGACUUCUCUCUGACCCCAGAAGCUCACCCCUACAAGGAGGCAAUGAUGAUAGAUACCGCUGUCGUUUCACCCAGUUUUAGCAAUGGUCAACAGCCAAGUAUCAAUUUGUUUUCCUUUUCAGAGUUUUCUCAGCAAGCAAGCAAAGGGUUAAAAUAGUUUUUGUCAGGGAUUUUGUUUUUUUCCCUUGGAUUCUUGUUGGGUCAUUUUCAUCCCUUUAAGAAGAGAUGUUUCAAGAUGUUUCAAGGGCUUUUCCGGAUGGAUAGAGAUGGUGAAGACCAUGCUUCUAUGGUUUGAGGAAAGGCAAGGGUUGUUUUCCAGAUUAGAAACUUAAAUGCUGUAUUAUUUCAUAUAUUGGGUACCUUGUUCUUGUGGUAGAAAAUUAUUUCCAGAGGCA